UCUGCUACAAAUCUGCUCCCUGAAGCUCCACAAAGCAACACACAAGACUCUGGAUCAGGAUUCCACUUUGGGUUUAUAUAAAGUGAUAUCAUGCUGGGGGUAUUCUACAUGUGUCUCUAUGGUGGAAUGGCGACCAGUUACCAUAGAGCGCCUGUGGAGACGGUCACGAUGGCCGACUUGGACGCCGAAUGGGAGGCAUACAAGCAAAAGUUUGAGAAAGUAUAUGAUUCGGAGGAGGAUAAGGUCCGCAGAGCGCUUUGGGAGGAGUCACUGAAACGAGUGGAAGCCCACAACAAGGAGGCAGAUGAAGGCAAGCACACGUGGUGGAUGGGCAUCAACCAGUUCUCUGACAAGAAACCAGAUGAAGUGUGUUGUGGCUGUCAAAGACGCAAGCAUCACAUUCACCUCCAAGAUGAGGAGCAUUAAGGAACAGCUGCAAGAGCCCAACCGUGAAUGGACAAGUGGAAGUUUUCAGAUUAGAAUCUGAUGACGUCAUCCUCCCUGAUGGGGGACAAGAGACAGAUUUCCCUAUAGAUUCUGUUGUACUUUACCCUGAAAUACCUAAAAGGUAAAGGGUCUAAUGUGGAACCUGACCAUCUUUAUUAGUGACUAGACCCAAGAAGUCACUGUAUUACAACAGAAAGCUGCAUUUUAACUAUAUUAAUUUUAGUUGAUCCCCAUGUGUAUUCAUUAAUAUUGUCCUAUAGAAUGCUGUGAUGUCAUCUAUAGCUCAACAAUAAGACUCACACUCAUUCUGUCACUUCAGAUCACUCCUUCAAUAACAGUUUCACAAAAAUCCAACUAACACAACAUAGAAAAUCUUGGUGAUUCCUCACUCAUACAGUUACCUUGGAUAUGUAAUGUUUGUAAGUGUUUCCCCUUUUAUUUGUCCUUUUACUUUUCUUAACAUAUUUUCUUUAUUUGUUCCAUGAACUAUGGUAAUAAUAAAUGCAUAUUCUUAGACAAGUUCACCCCCAAGUGGACAGUGGUGAUAAUAUAAAAAAGUUACACUAAAAGUGAAUUUACACUGAAUACAUCAAUAAACACUUGUUUGUGUUAAA